CUUGGUCUCUCUCCACUUUCCCAUCGGCGCAAGCUGCGGGACAGCUUCGUCGACCGCUCCCUCACUAGUGGCUCCUGCGUCGAGGCCUAUUUCAAAACGGACGACGCCAAAAAAAAAAAAAAAAAAUAAGAGAUUCCUUUUAUGUUCUCCCAUCAGGGCACCUCGCAAGAGCGCUGGUCAUCCCAUCGAUUCCAGAAAAUCCCAGACAUGUCGCUGUCUGCCGACAUGGCGAACCGCAACGAUGUCACCAUUGACAUUCCCUUGGCUAGCAUCUCCAGCCGCAGCCAGACCGGGGCGCGCAAGAUGAACAGCGCCGUCUCCCCCUCGGGCUACCAGCCGCCCACCGACUUCGCGGGCACCGACAUGAGCGAGAAAGCUGAUCUGGUGGCAGACGAUGUCCCGGGCUCCGGUCCUGGCCGUCGUCGCCGCGUCGACUCCAGCGGCAAGUCCCUCGUUGAACCCGAGGAUGGCACCGUCACCCGCAUGGGCCGCUUCUACCGCGCCUUCCUUAACUUCUCCAUCGUCACUCGUUAUAUGCUCUACGUGGCCCCGAUUGCUCUGCUCAUCGCCGUCCCCAUCAUCGUCUCCGCUGUCGCCGCGCGCCAUGCCACCAUCGGCGGCGUCCGUGUCUACUGGUUCUUCGCCUGGAUCGAGGUCGUCUGGGUCAGUCUCUGGGUCUCCAAGGCCUUCGCCUACUACCUGCCCUUCGUCUUCCAAUUCCUCUGCGGAAUCGUCAGCUCCGGCACUCGCAAGUAUGCCCUGAUCCUCCGCGCUUUGGAGAUCCCUCUUUCCAUCGUCUUCUGGUGUGUCAUAUGUCUCGUCAGUUUUCUGCCGACAAUGACCCUUAACCCGGCCAAAGUGGCAGAAGGUGAUACCGGCACCAAACCCUGGGAACGGACCAUCAAGAACAUCCUGUUUGGGCUGUUGAUCUGCAGCUUGAUCUUCAUGGGUGAGAAGACCAUAGUCCAACUCAUCUCCAUUAGCUAUCACCGCAAGCAGUUUGAUAUCAAGAUCAAACAGUCCAAGCGCAAUAUCUACCUUAUCGGCCAGCUCUACGAUGCCUCUCGUGCCCUCUUCCCGGAGCACUGUAAGGAGUUCGCGGACGAGGACGCCGUCAUCUCCUCCAUCCUCGCGCAACGCCCAGGCCACAAGCGCAACAACUCGACCAACCCAAUGCGCAUCAUCCGCAAUGUUGGACAAAAUGUCGGUCGCAUCGGAGACAAGGUUACCGCCGCCUUUGGCAACGUCGCCCAGGAGAUCACUGGCAAGCAGGUCUUCAACCCCACCGCGGCGCAUUCCAUCGUCCUCCAGGCGCUCGAGCGGAAGAAGGCCUCCGAGGCUUUGUCGCGUCGCAUCUGGAUGUCCUUUGUCGUCGAGGGCAGAGACGCCCUCUACCUGGAGGAUAUCAUUGAGGUACUGGGCGCCGAACGCCAGGCCCUGGCUGAGGAAUGCUUCAAUGUCCUUGACCGCGAUGGCAAUGGAGACAUCAGUCUAGACGAGAUGAUCUUGACCGUCGCCGAGUUUGGACGCGGACGCAAAGCCCUCAACCACAGCAUGCAUGACGUCGACCAGGCCAUUCGCGUGCUCGAUAACCUUUUGCUGACAGUUGCCUUUAUCAUUGGCGUCCUUGUGUUUAUAUCGUUUGUGACGAGUGGUUUUGGAACGGUCAUCGCUGCCGGUGCUACCACGUUGCUGUCCCUCUCGUUCGUGUUCUCCACCACAGCACAGGAGGUCCUGGGCUCUUGCAUCUUCCUUUUUGUCAAGCACCCCUUCGAUGUCGGAGACCGGGUAGAGGUUAGCGACAAGCCCUUCAUUGUGGAGAGGAUCUCCCUUCUCUUCACCGUCAUGCGGAGCAUCACCGAUCACCGGAUCACUCAGGUGCCCAACAACGUCCUCAACAGUCUGUGGGUGGACAAUUUCACUCGUGCCAAUGCCAUGCACGAGGUGCUCACCAUCCCGGUCGCCUUUGACACGACCUUUGCCGACGUGCAGAUGCUGCGGGCGGAGAUGGAGCAGUUUGUUCGCGAUAAGGAAAACUGCCGCGACUUCCAGCCGGACAUCAACAUUGAAGUUGUCGGCGUCGGCGACAUGGACAAACUGCAGUUGAGCGUCGACAUCCGCCACAAGUCCAAUUGGUCCAAUGAGACCAUCCGCUCUGCUCGUCGCUCCAAGUUCAUGUGUGCGCUCGUCAUGGCCGUGCGUAAGAUCCCCAUGCGGGCUCCGGGCUCGAGUGCCAAGGAAGAGGAGAAAAAGGCCGACGGUGACGACAAGAAAUCCGAUGCCGGCUCAGAUAAGCAGAAGGAUGUCAACCGUCUGAUUGUGACGGAACAGAUCAUCAACUCGGGCGCGGGCCGGUCUACGGGGGUUGACAAUCUUUCCUCUUCAGGCUCGCUCCAGCAUCGCGGCGGGAGCAGCAGCAGUAACAACAACAACAACAACAACAACAACAACGACACUCACCAGUGGGCCAUGACGGCUGAGCAAAAGGAGCUGGCAUAUAUGGAGCAGCUGAACGCUCGCUCGCCAGGGUUCGACGAGUCGCGCGACGGAAUUGGUGCAGCUGGUCUCACCCGGAUGCCCAGCACUGCUUCGUCUGUCGGCGGCGGACACCUCAGUCCCGUCAACGAGACCACUCCAAACCGAGAACACUUCACGGGUUUCCGCCAUCACCAGGAUACCCUGUCCCCCUCGGACGCGCAAAGCUACAAACAAGUGCCGAUCAUCGCCGAGCCUACUGCGUCGGGUGCUGCGGCGUACUACCCCAACAGCAACACUAACACCAACCCCAACACCAACAACCCGUAUUACUCCCCAUCGACGCAGGGGAAUUCCCUGAACAACAUGCCCAGCCACUACCAGACCUCGCCUGAGUACGCGUCGUCCAGCUCGACGUUCACCACCCACCCGUCCCCGUCCCAGGCUUCUCCUUCUGCGCCGCCGCCUCUGUAUGUGCCUCCUCCCAGCCGUCGGCCGGUGCCGCAGCAGCACAGCACAGUAUCCAGUGAAGAUGAGAAUCAAGACUGAUCUCACUGAAACUUCUCGUACAUUGUAUAGAUAGAAUGACCAUUUAAUGUUC